AUGGCAGCCAACCACGCCCUCGACCAACGGAUUGCACGUGAAAACCCGUCGAGCGUGGACAUCGAAUCCUUUGACGGCACCGAGACCUCGUACAUUGAAAUGAACCUCGGCUUGGGCCUGUUUGAGCAGCGGCAACGACAGGGUACUGGGAAUGGCGGUGCUGUCGAAGAAGGAAAAGGUUCGAGUGACGAUUCGCAGACGACUUCCGACGAUAGCUCCGACGACAGCUCGAGUACCGACAGCUCGAGUGAAAACGAGAAUGAUGAUGCUUCUUCGAUGGAAGAUGAUGAAUCAGAUACGCGCUCUGAUCAAAAUGAUAGCGAAGAAGACAGUCGAGAGGACGUGGAUCUGAUCGCGCUUGUGACGGGCACCCGUCCCAUGCGUCCAUUACCGCGUCGGCGUCGGGACCGUACACGGAUGGAGACAGUCAUCUCGGGACAAGGGAGCGUCGAAGAUUCCAUUGGUGGCGGGAGCGCGCCUGAUGUCGCGCCUAGCGCUAUUCCUGGUGGCAAAGGCGCGCAGCCACGUAUCGUCGUACUCAGCUCCACUUCGGCGGACGUUCCGGAAGACGCGGAGGUAUCGAACACGUAA